UAGAGACACCGGCGCAGAGCCAGAGAUCACUCAUUCAUGAAUACUGCAGAGAAACUGAUGAGGUUCACACUGAGCAGUAUGAAUAUGAAGAUACCGGUACUCUAACCGUGUCGUGAUUCUUACAGAAGGUUGUGAAAUUGUGCCAGAUAUGCCUUUUUGGGAAUUCUUAGCAGGGAGCAUUUCAGGUGCAGUGGGACUGGCAGUUGGACAUCCAGUCGACACUGUGAAGGUGCGCCUGCAGGCCCAGUCUGUGUACAAAGGGAUAUUUCACUGUAUUGCUAAAACACAUGCUAAGGAAGGGCUUCAUGGAUUCUUCAAGGGCAUGGCAUUUCCGGUGCUUACUACGGGCAUCACCAACUCUAUUGUCUUUGGCUGUUACAGUAACGCCUUAGAUUACCUCACUCAGUCUCAGCGCAGUGACCGCAAUAGAGGCAAAUCGGCGUCCGCUGCACACGUCUUCACUGCCGGCUGCUUCUCAGGCCUGGUGCAGGUGUUUGUUUGUGCACCCAUUGACCUGGUGAAGGUGCGUCUGCAGGGUCAAACAACUGCUGACAGAUACCGUGGCCCCAUUCAUUGUAUAGCCACCAUCCUAAAGGAGGAGGGACCCAGGGGUCUGUUCAGAGGAGGGCUGGCCCUCGCCCUGAGGGACGUACCCUGCUAUGGACUUUACUUUUUGCCUUACGAGGUCACUCGAAAGGCUCUGACCGAGAGCGGCAAAGAGCCAGGUACGUUUGCAAUAUUGAUGGCAGGCGGCAUGGCGGGCGUGUCGACCUGGGCCUUUGCCACGCCCAUGGACGUGGUGAAAGCCCGGCUCCAGAUGUCGGGGGCCGGUGGCCGGGAGUACAACGGGAUCCUCCACUGCAUGAGAGUGAGCUACAGAGAGGAGGGAGCGAGGGUCUUUUUCAAAGGCCUCCUACUGAACAGCCUGAGGGCCUUCCCCGUCAACGCCGUCACCUUCCUCAGCUACGAGAGUCUGAUGAGACUUUUCUUUCCACCGGCGACAUGACCCACACUCCUCGCCUUGCCAGUUUUAAGAUGAUGAGUAUUGAAAUACUGUUUUGGAAAUAUGUUAAGUCUGUGUGGAAUAGGUCAACGCUCAACCUGAACACGCUACAGCUCAACAUAUUUGAUGAACAUUUUGAAAUUCAACUCCGGCUGAGUUUCCCGAGGAUAUCGGAGUUAAGCUGCUCAUGUUUAUGCACAUCAUGGCACUCGAGAAAUACAAAUGUGAACGAUAUAACUUUGUUAUGGACAGAGAAGCGUUUUAUUUUAUUCCCAACAGGACACAACCAGUGAAGGAUUUCCUAAUAAACAACACAAAUAAUGUAGAUGACGGGUGACGGGUACAUGGAGUCGUGCACUCACCGCUCUCAUCAGCAGCAGCAGGCAGAUGUUUUCAGACAGAACAGUAGACAAAGUUAGCAGCCAGCUGGUGAGCAUACUGCAGCACUGCACAAGAGACGAAUGCUCCUCUUCAGAGUCAGUAAAGGCUAAAGACAGCUGUAGUGUAUCAUGUAGUCGUCUGGAGGCAAGAAACAUGACUCCUAAUGAAUAUCAUAAACAUUUUGAGGUUAUGCGUCAGUGUUUUGCGUUGUUGUGCUGCCUCUAAGUCAGGGGUCGGGAACCUUUUUGGCUGGGAGAGCCAUAAAAGCCAAAAAAAAUUUUUAUGUAUUUCCUUGAGAGCCAUAUAAAUUUAACUUUAUGCAUGCAUUUUUUAAUAUAACA